AUGGCAAGGAACCAAGAUGCCGCGACCGAGGAGAGGAGGGUGGCUGCCGAGGAGAGGAAGGUGGGCAUGGAGGAGCGAUCUAGGUUGUUGGAUUGGGAGAAGUACUUGUUCUUCAUGGACACAUCUAUCCUCAAUGAGGCACAAAAGGAGUAUGUCAAUCUUGCCCGUGAAGAAGUCUUGAUCCGAAAAAGAGCCAUGAUUCGCGGCAUGGGUGGCGGCGGCCUCGGCGGCAUGGGUGGUGGUGGCCUUGGCGGCAUGGGAGGCAUCGGUGGCUUCGGAGCGACCAUGGGCGGCAUGGGUGCCAUGGGUGGCUUUGGAGCUACCAUGGAGACGGAUACGUCUCCGUCGUAUCUAUAA